AUGCCUGUCCAGGUCAAACGAAAAGUUAGGUUGACGACUACCCAGUCCGUCUUGGAUGGGGCCAAACCCGUCGCCGAAGGGUUCCCAAUGCGAGAAUGGGCUAUUGUCAUCCAUCUCCUUGAUGAGAAGGGGAAUGAAGUCCCUGCCAACUGCUUCGACAAGGUCACAUACAAGUUGCAUCCAACUUUCCAAAACCCAAACAGAGUUAUCAAGCGACCCCCAUUCAAGCUUUCGGAGCAAGGAUGGGGUGAAUUCGACAUGGAGAUCGUACUCCACAGCGCUGACAAAGGCGGUGACCACACUAUUAAGCAUGAUUUGCACUUCCAGCAGCCGAAGUAUGAUAUUACUACUACCAUAACCUUCAACAAUCCAAAGCCUGGUUUGUUGAAACUUCUGCAAGCAUCUGGACCUGUUCCUGGCUUUGAUGGUUUGGGUGAAGCUGAGCCGCCAACCAGAAAGUCGCAGAAGGCGGCCCCUGAGGAGAAAUCUAGCAAGAAAGCCAGUCGCAGCAUGAAGAAUAUUGACAUGGAGAAGCUAGCCGAUGGUUUGCCAAAACUAGAGGAAGAUGAUCUUUUGAAGGUUGUCCAGAUGGUUCAUGAACAUAAAACGCCUGACACCUACAUCAAGAAUGAUGUCGAGCAGGGCGAAUUUCAUGUCGAUCUGUACACUCUUCCAGAUCAUCUUAUCAAGAGUCUGUGGCAAUUUAUGACUUCUAAGAUUGAUGUUUAG